CUAUUUAAAAAAGACAAAAGGGAGAUGUAACAGCUUGCAAGAAACCUGUAUAAAUAGGGAUAGUGUGCUAAGCUUGGGAAGCACACAGCAAACCAAACUAGACAGCUAGAACACUUCUCUAUACCCUGUAGUUGCAACAAGUGUUUAAGGUCCUAAUCACAUAACUAAGCCAUGGGAAGAGGCAUGUGCAGUGCUGUCCUUGUGGCUCUUGGCUUCAGUCUUCUUGUCUGCUCAGCGCUUGUGUCUGCUGAAACCCAUGUUGUUGGAGAUUCCAAGGGCUGGGGUUUCUCCGUGUCAUACGACAGCUGGUCUGGUGGAAAGACUUUCGCAGCUGGUGACACGCUUGUGUUCAACUACCAGGCCGGCGUGCACAACGCGGUAGCCGUGAGCGCAUCAGAGUACCGGAGCUGCAAAGUGCGCAGCGCGGCGGACGCGGCGGCGACGGCGUCCGGCACCGCCAGGUUUGACCUCAAGAAAGGCGUCAACUACUUCAUCUGCGGCGUCCCCGGCCAUUGCGCCGCCGGGAUGAAGCUCAGAGUUGUCGCCAACUGAUGAUGGAGGGUGGACCUGCUGGACUGUCAAAAUGAUCAUAUAUAUAUAUAUAUAUAUAUAUAUAUAUAUAUAUAGUAUAUAUUUGCGCGUGUUGUCUCCCGUUAAAUAACGGUUAAGCAUGGUUCGACCAACUGACUGACGACGGAGCUUAACCAGAGCACGGGAUGUAUUAGCAUAGUAUAUCUGUGUCAUACAGUGCGAUCAAUGUAAUGCUUGGGUCUGCACAUUCAUCUUCUUGUCGGAUGCAUAUGGCAGUCUCGUUCAGUCACACAAGAGAUAAUUCAUAGAGGGCCAACCGGCCAA